AUGACGGGCAAGACGGACAACACCGGCGCGAAGAAGGGGAUCGCGGAUGCGUCUGCAUCCGCGACCGGCGCCAGCUCUCCUCAAGGGACACCUGCUGCUCAGCUCACCGACGGCAAGGACGCCGUGGCUGGUGGAGCUCCACAGCAGCGAAUGAUAAUGCUCGAGGGUCGGUUCCUCUGGGACGCGAUCGAGCACGGCACCGCAGUGCGCGCCGAUGAUCGGCUUGCACUCGAGGCGAUCCUCCGCGGUGUUCCGCCGGAGAUGAUGGCAACCCUGGCCUCAAAGGGCUCCGCCAAGGGCGCCUGGGACGCGCUCAAGACGAUGCGCCUCAGCGUCGCCCGCGUCCGCGACGCGAGGGCAGGCACCCUGGCGAAGGAGUUCGCCGCGAUCCGCUUCAAGGAAGGCGAAACCGUAGAUGACUUCGCCAUCCGCCUCACGGGCAUGGUGAGCCAGCUUGCCCUCCUCGGGAGGGUCGUGGCGGAGGGAGACUCCGUCCGCAAGAUGCUCUCUGUCCUUCCGCGGUGCUACAGCCAGACCGCCUUGUCGAUCGAGACUUUGGUCGAUCUGGACACGCUCUCCAUCGACGAGUUGGUGGGGCGCCUCAAGGCCGCGGAGGAGCGGUACGCCCUCGACCACGACAUCACCACGGGCGUUGGUGAGCUUCUCCUCACCGAGGAAGAGUGGCGCGCACGCGCCAAAUUCUGCGGUGGCGGAUCGUCGAGCGGCGGCUCCUCUGGUGGCGGAUCUGGCAAUGAUCGCCGCCGAGAAAAGGGGCGCCACUGCGGCAAGGACGGCCAGCGCCGGGACGGCAACCCCAGCGGCGCGGCACGCGACGACGAGUGUCACUACUGCGGUAAGAAAGGGCACUGGGCCCGUGACUGCAGGAAAAAGAAGAGGGAGGAGGCGCACCUGGUACGACAGGCCGACAGGGACGAUGGCCACGAUGGCGAUCCUGCUCUCCUCAUGGCCGUGGUCACCGCCGCAUCGCUCGUACCUGAUACCGUGGGCAGCCAGGUCUUCCUCAACGAAGCACGGGCAGAAGCAAACCUCGGCGCAGAGGGGGAGCCGUGCGACGGGCGUUGGUACCUCGAUAUCGGCGCUUCCAACCACAUGUCCGGAGAUCGCGCGUCGUUCGCGGAGCUGGACGAGCGAAUCACCGGGAGCGUCAAGUUCGGCGACGGCUCCACGGUGGGGAUCCACGAUCGUGGUACCGUGCUCUUCACCAUACGCUCCGGACGCCAGCGCGCACUGACGGACGUCUACUUCAUCCCUCGUCUCAAGACGAGCAUCGUCAGCCUCGGCCAGCUGGACGAGAACGGAUGCAACGUCAACAUCAGCGCCGGUGUCAUGACGCUCGUGGACAGCCACGGGAACCAGCUCGCCUAG